CAAGAACAUUUCUCAGUCAUUCCGCCACUAAUAGGCCGUGUAGGUAAUGGGGCAUGGCGAGAAAGGUAUUUGCCAUCUAAUAAAUUGCCAGUUCGCCCGACCAAAGGCGUCUCCCUGAUCCCACAUUCUCUCGUUGACAGAAGUCAUUUUUCCCACAGCGCGUGCCGAGUACACGUUCUACGAGGGAAUGGGCCCGGUCGACGUUCCCGUGACGCCCAUCCCAGUGUCUUCGGGGUUAAAGGUGACAGGGGGUCGCGACCUCAACAUGCUGGAGGUGUCGGGAGAGAAUUUUACGCCGGACCUAAAAGUCUGGUUCUCUGACUUCGAGGCUGAUACUAUGUACAGAUCCACGGACAGUCUGAUGGCGGUGAUACCUGACAUAUCGUGUAUGGAGGGAGUUCACAUGGCCAGCGAGUCACUGAAGGUCCCUCUCUUCCUGGUCAGAAUGGACGGAGUCAUCUACCCUACUGGAAUGUCUUUCUCUUACUCCAAGUCAUCAGAACUCAAUGGCUACGCAGCAAUGACAGUUGUCCCUGACACCAGGCUGUCAGAUGAGGAGUGUGAGACUGCAGUAAUCUCAAGCCCCACCCACUACCCCCACUCCACACCCCUCUCCCCUCAUUACAUCACCUCCCCCUCCUCCUCCUCCCUAUCCUCUGUCACCUCUCCUGGCCUCGAAUGUCCACCCCUCCCCUUCAGACCCAGUGAACCUACCGUCAAUAGAGAACCUCUAAGUUCGUUUUCCCUGCUAUCCUCUGGCCACCACCCCCAACCCCCACAGCUCCUCCCCCAAUCUCUCUACACCCACCAACAUCACCAUCCACACACACACCAUAGAUGAUUAUAAUAUAGACAUGUAUAAUAAUAUAUACACCUGCCGCCCAUCCCAAUGGCAAUAUUAUUCUAUAUUUUUUUAUAUUGGCUUAAGCAUUGUGUUUUAUGCUCUUUGAUGUUAUUCUCAGGUUCCAUCACUUGUUUUAUUAUAACACUUCAUCUGGUACCAUAUUAUUUUUGUUCUUUAUUGCACUUUCUCAACUCUCAUUAUUUUUCUGUACAAGUAGUUUCACAGGUAGUUCAUAUUAUCUCAUUCGUAAGUGGCUUUCUCAUAUAUUAUAUCACUUGUGGACUAUUGAUAAGUGCAUAUUAUUAUAUACAGAUAAUAUUGUUACAGAAAAUAUAACGUACGUGAUAAUCAUAUGCCGCAGAUACACAAAAUGAAUCACAAUGAGGGGUUUAAUAACAGUGAACGAGUAUUUCAAGAUAGCAGUGUCCCGCGAAGGUCAGGGCCAGAUAGCAGUCCGCGAAGAGUGUCAGAGUUGCUACUAGCACCCGUAGAACUAGUGGGGAUGUGGUUGAAGGUAGUAGUGGUAGAAGGGACGGUGUGGUACCCAGCUGGGGGCGAGGGAGAAAAAGUCGAAGCUUUAGUGAAGAAGGGGUUAACGGGUACCGCCCCCCACACGGGAGGAGAGAAGGCGCCAGGAGGACACUGGGGUGAUGGGGCUCCGCUGGGGUUGGAGUAAUACCCCAGUCCGGCGGGGGACUGGGCCGGGGUAGUUCUGGCGGAGGAGUGGGGUGAGUGGUGAUUGCUGCCGAGGGCGGCGAGACAGGUGUCCAUCUCAGUGUACCCACUAUCCGGGGAGAUGGAGAUUGAAACGGUGCUCUGCACAGCUCCUUGUGGCAGCGCAGCGGUAGACGAAUCCUGCGGUAUGUCUCCUAACAGGUCUUGCAGAAUCGCCUCCAGGGAUGAGGGGUCGGAGCUCAUCGCCACGGCAACAGGGGCAUGUCCCUGUACCGCUUGGGGACUGUUGACUGCAGAGUUUGGAAUGGAAUAAGGGUUUGAGCUGGCAAUGCUGUUUGGAUUGGAAUAGGGACCGAACGAGAUGGGGCUGGUUUCGUCGGGCCAGUAUGGACUGGGGACAGGAGUUGAGAAUGGAGUGGGGACUGCAGAUGAGGGAUCUUUGACCGUGUUAGCCUGGGAGGAUGAGGAGGAGAGGGAGGGAGAGCGAGAGAGAGGAUACAGCUGAGGCUGACUCGGAAUGGGGCCCGACUGCGGAAUGGACUGGGGACAGGCGGGGAAUGGGGGUACGGGAAUGUGGGAGCUGGGGAAUGGGAGACUGGAUGUCUGGGAACACGGGAAC